UUCUUCUCCAUCCAUCCAUAUCCCAACCAUUCUUAUUUUCCCUGUUUUCUCUUCUUCUUUACCUAACACCCACACACAAGUACAAUAUGGGGUCUCUCAAGAUCUUGUUUUUAUUGGCCAUGCUCGCAGCUUUUGCAGCCUCCUCUGCUCUCUCCACUGCACCAUCUGAAGAAUCGUUUGUGGACGAUAACGAUGAUGCAGCAGAGGAAGUUUCUGAUAUUCCUUGGCCGGAGAGCCAAGAAAAAACGACGUCUUCUUUGCGAGGAACAAUGCGGUUUCUUGCCCAGAAAACCAGAGCAGCAGCGAUGACGUGUGACAAGUACCCAAGGAUUUGUCGUGUCAAGGGCAGCCCAGGGCCAGACUGCUGCAAGAAGAAAUGUGUGAAUGUGAAGACAGACAAGCUUAACUGCGGAAAGUGUGGGAAGAAGUGCAAGUACCCAGAGAUUUGCUGCAAAGGAGUGUGUGUGAAUCCAAUGUCCAACAAGAAGCACUGUGGGGGUUGCAACAACAAGUGCAAGAAAGGGGGUGCAUGUGUGUAUGGGAUGUGCAGUUAUGCGUAGAGAAAUCAACCCGUUUAUUAUAGUUGGACCACACAAGCAUUUGGGCUGGGAACCGUAAACUAAAUAUAUGUGAUUAUAAUUAAUUAGCGGCUGGCGCUAGCCUUGUGAAGAAUAAGAGCGAAGCUUCAUCAUAUGAUGAUAGGCUUCAAGCUCCUGUAUAUUUAUUCUUUAUAUAUGUUUAUUCAUGUAAUAAGAUAUAGCUUAUCAACCAAAAAAAAGGAAGUGGAGUAUAUAUAUGUGUACUCAAU